CAGCAAUUCCUUUUCUCCUCCUCCAUUUCCCUUUACCCUCCUCUUCCUUUUUCUUCUUUUCCCUUUUGGAGGAUUCCCCCUUAGCCGCUAUGCUUUCGUUUGUCUUGCUUCUUUGUGUAGCGUUGGUCAACGCCUACUCAGACCCGGGUGCAUGCUCGGGAACCUGCUGGGCUCACGACCCCAAUGUCAUUCGCCGUGUGUCGGACGGAACCUACUUUCGUUUCUCGACAGGAGGUGGCAUCCAUAUCUCCUCUGCCAGCGCUAUCACUGGUCCCUGGACUGAUCUCGGGUAUGCACUGCCUGACGGAUCUAUCGUUUCAGUGGGCAAUGCCUCCAACCUUUGGGCUCCGGACGUACACUACGUAGAUGGCACCUACUACAUGUACUAUGCUAGCUCUACUCUGGGCAGCCGGUCUUCCACCAUUGGAGUUGCAACCUCCACCACCCUGGAAGCCGACUCCUGGACCGACCAUGGCGAGAUCGGUGUCACCUCGUCGUCGUCUACUCCCUACAACGCCAUUGACCCCAACUGGAUCACCAUUGGCAGCACUCCCUACCUCCAGUUCGGCUCCUACUGGCAAGGUCUCUACCAAGUGGAGAUGACCGACUCCCUUACCGCCAGCAGCAGCAGCCCCACCAACCUGGCCUACAACGCAUCGGGUAACCACGCCAUCGAGGCUUCUUACAUGUACGAGUACGGAGGCUACUACUACCUCACCUUCUCGUCCGGCACGGCUCAGGGAUACACGACCUCCCUGCCUGCCCAGGGCGAUGAGUACCGCAUUGUCGUUUGCCGAUCCAAGACUGGAACGGGUAACUUUGUUGACAAGGAUGGCGUCUCAUGUCUUAACAGCGGCGGAACCACCGUUCUGGCCAGCCACGACUAUGUCUACGGCCCUGGUGGACAGGGUAUCAUCAACACCACCAGCCACGGUAUCGUCGUCUACUACCACUAUGCCGACAAGAACAUUGGUCUGGCUGUCGACGACUACCAGUUCGGCUGGAACACGCUCACCUGGACUGAUGGGUGGCCUGUUGUGGCUUGAUUUCAUUCUUUCUUCUAUACAUACAUACAUACAUACAUUCUACCGGCGGUCCAGAAAUGGACUCGGUAUUAUUUGCAUGAUGAUACCUGCGUUCGAUUGUAUUUAGCUAAUUACGUUAAUUCGUAAUGUUUUAUAUUGCG